GAUCCCUGGUCAGCACUUUACUUGCACACUCUGUGCUGUUGGGGCAACGCAAAGGUCUUCGACGAACCGGGAAGUUCUACGGAGUGUGCGGCGAAGUGUUGGCGCGUGCCAGAUUUUCAGCCCCCGAUAUUCUUGGCUACCUACGAGAUGCAGAAUACUGGCAUGAAUCUAGGCGGUAUUCCUGUCCAUGUUCGAAUGGCCAGGCCAAUGCGCCGUGUGUUACGCAGCUCAUACAGACAAAUGCUCCUUGAGAAGAGUGUGGGAUGGUGGGAACCGCUCACGGCGCCCAGUCGCUAACCCCGGCUUCAGCCAUCUGAUCAAGACAUGCGGAGUACUCCAUAAUUGGCGCCGUUUUACAGCCUUUGUGAAGAGUCGAAAGCUCCAUACUCAGCCAGCUGCCUUACGUAUGGGAGUCGUAGCCAGCGAGGAACAUCAACAUUCCGACGACAUAACGCGGCUGGCAAUAAACUGUGCUCCGUAUGUCGUACUACAACAACAAAUGGUGCGCGCCGCGCCGCCACACCGAGUCCAGGGUCGCCAUCAGGUCAGACUAUUUCCCCUGCCUCGCCCGAAAUGUCUGACUUACACGGUAAUUGGGCCGAGGAAACCCAGUACGCUCUGGUCACCAGAUAUAUCGCCAAAUAUCUUUCAUACUGUCGUUUCCUGUCGCUGACAGAAAUGUGUAUUGUAUUAUGGUAUCAUCAUCGAAUUGGCCGAAAUGACUUCAC